AUGAAUGCUACCGGCAAUGGCCACGUCGGCUUGCUGGGAUGUUACUUGGCUGCAUUGUGGCGCAAAGGCUGCUCAGGAUGUGCCAUAGGCGGCCCAACCUCCUUUGGCGACGUCCAAUCUCCCAUCUUUCUCCUGUCUAAUGGCAUACGAGCUUCUGCCAGCAUCUCGAUUGAUGCCGUGUUUGCAGUCAUGAAAGAGCGACAUACAUCCGACAAUGAAGCCAACUCAGCGGUAUGUCAUGUUAUUCAGGACGGACAGAUUGUGGACAGGAAAUGGGCAGAUAUCACUCAAGAGCCUGCAAGUGAACCUUCGAGCGGCAUUUGUUACGUGGAGACCACGAGUAUGGAUGGAGAAACAAACGUCAAGCUGCGACAAGCUGUGGCUGCUACGAUGAACGCAUUGUCAAACCCGGCAGAACUGGCCGUGCUGCGCGGUGUCGUCAAAUGUUAA